CAUCCCCAUCAUCCAUCAUCCGCCAUCUCCGUGAAUAUCCUACGAAGACUCCAAGUUUCCCCCCCCCCCUCCCCAAUCAGACGUGCGCCCUCCACUAGACGAACCUCGACUAUAUUACCUAUUCGCGGCCACUCGGAACCGCCAGGAUGUGGAUUUUCCAGUGGUUCUACGAUGUUCUGUCGUCACUCGGCUUGAUGAACAAGCAUGCCAAGUUGCUAUUUCUCGGACUCGACAAUGCCGGGAAGACGACGCUCCUACACAUGCUGAAGAACGACCGAGUCGCUAUCCUGCAGCCCACCCUGCAUCCCACAUCCGAGGAGCUUGCUAUCGGAAACGUGCGCUUUACGACCUUUGAUCUGGGAGGUCAUCAGCAGGCUCGCCGACUAUGGAAGGACUACUUCCCGGAGGUGAACGGUAUCGUGUUCCUCGUCGACGCCAAAGACCACGACCGUCUGUCCGAAUCCAAGGCUGAACUCGACGCCCUCCUGUCCAUGGAAGAGCUCGCCAAGGUGCCUUUCGUGAUUCUCGGAAACAAGAUCGACCACCCCGACGCCGUGUCCGAGGAUCAGCUCCGCCACGAGCUAGGCCUGUACCAGACUACCGGAAAGGGCAAGGUUCCGUUGGAGGGCAUCCGGCCCAUCGAGGUCUUCAUGUGCUCCGUAGUUAUGAGACAAGGAUACGGUGACGGCAUCAGGUGGCUCUCUCAGUACGUCUAGGCUACCGCUGAUGGACGACAGACGUGGCCACACGAAGACCGGCAGCAGAUGCGCUGGCGAGAUAUUGCGAUGGCUAUA